AGCUAAAAAUGACGUCUUUGGCAAAACAGUUGGAACGCUUGGCAGUGCCACACAUUCGAGCUGUUUAUGGCGAAGAUAAAAGGAGAAAAUCCCUCUUGUUCGAUCCAAAGGAGGCUGCAGCAUUGGACAAAGAAGCCAUUUAUGCAAUUGGUACAAAUGGGAUAGCUGAGUUGCAGGCUAUCGAUCCAGUUUUUGAUGCAUAUCAGGAAGUGUUGUUUGGUGAAUCAACCAUGACCUUCCAGAGGAGUGUUCAGACAGCCGAAGUGAAUGCCCAGAUUGAUGAAACAGUUGAAUCUUUUCUCCAGAGACUAACACCAUAUUGUUUGCUCAAACCAGCACACAAAGCAUUGGAGUGGUUGAUUUUCAGGUUCAAUAUCAAUAUCUACAAUAUGGAUGCCUUUAUGGUCUGUCUGUUACCAUUCCAUGAGAGCAAGAUAUUCAUACGAGCAGUUCAACUUCUAAAUUUAAAGUCCAAAACCGCCACUAAGUGGGAUUGGCUACUUCCAAUUCAAGCCUCUGGUGUGCACUUGCCCAGACAGACUUUGAUCAACCAUUGUAACUCAAACACUGGCUUCCUCUCCUUUCUCUGUGAGAGACUGUACAAAACAAUCAAAGAGAUAGUGAAGAAAGAUGAUGGAGACAAACUAAGAGUUAUCUUCUCUUUCUACAUGUCCACUGUUGUGGGGGCACUGGAGUUCGGUGGAGCCACUGAGAACUUCAUUGCCGCCAUCCUCCCCCACCUCAGUCGUGGUCUGAAGUCAAAGGUCACUCAAUACAGGGCUGCCACCUACAUGAUACUGGGUCAGCUUGUCUCAAAGACCAACCUACAGGGAGAUCUGUUAAAGACGUUGUUGUCUGCUCUAUUUAAGAAAUCAAUUUUGUCUCUUGAAAAAGAAACUAUGACCUGUGCAGUGCUGAUAUUUCAGCAACAGAAGAUCUCAAAUCUUCCAGCAAGAUCUUUUAAACACAUCUGUCGACAGCCAGGUCUGGUAGAAACCUUGAAGACUAUGGCUACAGAGGGCAUUUGUGACAAACUGACUUUGGCUUUCUUGGAAAGACUUGUUGUUAUGGCUGUGAAACAGGACUCUGAGAUGAGUAUGAGUGAGAGCAGUGAUACAGAGGCUAUCUCGAGCCCCCCACCUUAUCUCGAUCUCCUCCACGACUUUCUGUCCAGUGUCCCUCUCAGUCAACAGGUGGCAGACAGCCUCACUAAGAAAAUUAUAGAGAACUAUCUCAUGUGUGCUAAUGUCACUGAUGAUGAUGAUGACUUGGAAGAUCUCAGCAGGAAGCACAAGAAGACAGUCCAGCUCCUGGAGGACAGGUACCCCACAUCGUUGGACAGAACGGUGCAGGAAUUGUUGGAGGGGGAGGAGGACGAGGGAGUGAGGGAUAAGAUCCAGGACUUCCUGAACCUGUCCGUGCUGUCCGUCAAACACCAGCACCUGUCAGACAUCGAGGGCACCCUCACCCUGUCCCUCAACCACAGGACUCCCUCCAUUCGAGUCAGCGCCCUGCAGCACCUGCUGAAGAAUGCAGACAAGUGUGACCCUGACUAUGUAGCCGAUGUGUUGAUGACCAGACUAGCGGAUGAUUCCAGUGAAGUUGUGGACAAAAUCCUUGAUGUGGGACAGAGUUUAUGGAGUAUGCUCAGUGACAGAGACCAGCUGUGCAGCCUGCUGGGUAAGAUUGUCCUGCGGUGUCAGCCCUGGUCAGAGCUGGGGACCAAAGCCCUGGUGGUUCUGUGUGGGUGUGACCCCAAGCUGCAGCCAUCUGUCCUCCUCCUUCUGUUUCCACGGUUUCUGCUCUGUACACCUGAUGAUGUCAAUUUUCUUAGAGAUUUAUGCGAGACUAACUUGGCUAAAAGUAACCAAGUCAUCAAAGCUUUGGCACAGAAGCUGAAGAAGAAAGCAUUAGGUAAAAAGACAAUGUCUGAAGAGGACCUAGCCAGGGUUUCUGUGGAUGUGACAGAAUGGUUAGCUGCUGCUGUCAUAAAAAUGCCAGACUGUGAGAAAUUUCUGACACAGAUGGUGAAGACAGCAGAUGGUCUGAGAUCUAAAUGUCAGCUAGCAAUGUUCCUCAACACAGCCAUUACACUUCUGACGGACCCUAAAGACAAAAUCCACUGGUGUGGUAAACAGCUACAUCUUCUGCAUCAGCUCCACCCUGAAGGUCAGCCAAGAUCAGAUUGGGAGGAGACUGUUGCCAUGGUGACAGAGACCUGUCAGAGUCUUGUUUUCCACCAGACACAGGGAAACGCCAUCAGUCUGAAUCUGUUUGCAGACUUAAUAAAUCUGAUUCCAGAUCAUUUCAAAGAUAAAACAGAGGCUGAUUACUGGAACUUUGAUGAUGAGGCUCUGACCUUGACUGUGAGGUUGUUUGAUUACCUGAUGCUUAUGUCUACUAACUCCCCCUGUAGGCAGGGAUAUAGAAAACUGGUCGCCAAAUUCUUACAGCAUCUGAAGAAUAAUGAUGUCAGAAUGAAGUUUCUUGGAACUCUGUGGACACAGCAUUGUAAUGAUCUCAGUGAAAGCUCAGGGGUCAAGGUCAGCCUACAAAUUCAGGCCUUACUUGUAGGAAAACAACUUAUGCAGGAUCCAAAGUUCAAGGCCACGGAUUCAGUCAUAAUAAACCUGUUGUUAACCUUGAUGAGUCCAUACCCUGGAAUUCGUCAGACCGCCAUAGAAUGUCUGAAGCUAUUGAGUGAUAAGGAUAAUUCGGGUGUUGGGAUGUUUGCCCCAUUGGUGAAACAUGUAUUGCAGUGUGAGGUGGAGAUUGAAUCAGACCAGGAAUAUCUAAAACAGGCAGUAUUUGCUGUAAUGGGCAACGAACCAAAGAAGAGUAAGCGAAGGUCUCAUGCAGGUAAAAAGGCAGAGGAAACCCUGGUCAGUGUUGUGGUGGACAUUCUACAGAACUCGGCCACGCCUGAGUACAUCCGGAACAGUCUGCUAAAGGUCACCGCCCUCCAUAACAACAAGAAACUUCUGGGAGAGCUGCUGCCAGUCUUGAGGUCCUUGUUACUGGCCGCUCAGGGUGACAGACCCUCACCCCUCGUCCUGGACAGCUGUGGGCUCCUGAUUCAGAGGUUCACCCAGGACACCUGCUCCCUGCUGGACUCUGACCCCCAGGCACUGACCCUGGUACUAGAGAUGUUGUCAAGCCCGGUCACAAAAGUACAAGAACUGAUGAUUUCACAGGUGAGCGGUGAAUUUUACGAAGGAUUGACCCCGGAGACUCGUCACAAGGUUUUGUCGUGUCUGUUUGAUGUCUGGGUGAAAACACAGUCUCCAGACACUGUCAAAGUGAUCAAGAAGACACUGAAACAUUUGGUAUUGGAGAGUGGACAUGUUAUUGAGGAACUCAACAAAUGUCUGCAGACAACACCAUCAGCCUCCACCGUCAAAGAACGCAAAAGACACAGGAAAUCUGAUGUACGCGGACAGGCAGAGGAAGACAUUUUUGAACAGUUGCCAUGGCAGCGAGUGGUUGUUGUCCUUGAGACCAUUCAAAGCAAGAAAAAAAUCAACGACUAUGUCCAGCUUUUACCCACCUUGUUUAAGAUACUAUCAGAGGUGUUGAACUCAGACCAGCAUGCCUCAGCUGAGUACAUCAAGCAGCUGCUGUUGUCUGUGGUUGAUGAAGUGUGUCAAAGGGCCAUCAGACAUCAACUUGUACCAGAUUUGAAGAAGGAGUCGUCUUUUAACAUUGAUCUGAUAGUGAGCGCCAUCAGGACGUCCAGCAAUCCACAGACUCAUCAUAAAGCUCUGCUCGUCCUGUCCACAGCAUCCAAAAUAUUCCCAGAAGAUCUUCUACACAAAGUCAUGUCUGUGUUCACCUUUAUGGGAGCAAAUGUGAUGCGCCAUGACGACCAGUACAGUUUCCAUGUCAUCAAUCGUAUUCUGGAGACCGUGGUUCCUGCCUUAGUUACGGCAUGUGAGCAGAAAGAGGCCCUCGCUGGAGGUCAGAGCAAGGAGGAGGUCAUCACCAUGGUGAUGCAGGUGUUUGUGGAUGCCUACACCCACAUCCCAGAGCACCGCCGCCUGAUGCUGUUCUCAAGAUUGGUGGAGAUAGUAGGUGGAGACAACUUCCUGUGGAGGUGUGUCCUUCUAAAGAUGGCGCAUGAAAUUACCCGUCCAGCUAGUGAACCCACAGAGGAAGAUGAUGCUGAGAUGCAGUUUGACUUGAAUCUGUUAUUCCAGUUUUCUGUAACAACACAAAUCAACUCAAUAGCUGCCAUGAUAACUUACGUAUCAGGUCUGCCUGUUGAUAAACCCACAGAGUCGACACCCAAGAGAAGGAAACCAGGGAAACAGAAUAAGGAUGGGGUGGAGAUCUUCAAAGUGGAGACCCACACCUCCAAACAGCUCAGACAUUUCAAGUACCGGACGAUCCGACUACUGCUGUCCUGGUGCACAAGCUCUACCCUACUACAGCAGUUGGCAGCUUGUGAAGAAGGGGAGAUAACCUCUGGCUUCCAUCACCUGGUACAGACCAUCAUGACCUACAUUUGUGCCCUGAUAGAGCUGAGGGUGGAGGAUCAGACCCUGGCUAAGUUCUGCCGUGCCCUAACCCACAAAAUAUACGACCUCCUUGACAAGGUGGUUGGACUUCUCCCGGAGACCAUGUUACUUCAGGUGAUUCAGGAUCUGAUGCAGCACUCGAUCCCCAACAUCCAGAGGAAGUCGAUGGAGCUCCUCAACUCCUUCCUGCAGCAGAAGGAGCACACCAUGGAGACAAGCUUACUGGGGGUUGUGGACAGACUGUUACGUGUGUGUUCCUCAGAGAACGCAGAGGUCACCACUGUACAGACGGCCCUGUACAGCCUCAAGUUGUUGUGUAGAAGGAUCGGCACCAACCAUCCACAGAUGUUCAUCAAGGUGCUGAAGACUUCGGUGGAAAUAUUCAGUAGUGACGAGGUGAACCAGUCUCUCCAGGCGAGUGCUGUGCUGUGUAUCGCGGAGGUCUGUAGCUCGCUGAAGGCCCACGUCAUCUCUCAACUGUCCACAUUCAUGCCAAAGAUUGUCUCCUGUCUCAAGGAUAGCCAGCUGCUGGAGGGGAAUGAACUGUUUCUCCUGAGUGUCGUCACAGCGGUGCAGAAAGUAAUGGAGAACUUGUCACUGUUCCUCAGCCCUUACCUGCAGGAUAUUGUCACUCGGACCUGUUGUCUCUCUGGCAACCAGGCAGAUGCACUACAAAAAGCACCCAUUCAACAGAAGCUCAAGGCUAUCAGGAGCUCCAUGGCAACCUCCCUUCCUCCUCGAGUACUCCUCGGGAUUUUACCUGACUGUUAUGAAAAGCUCCUGACAACCAGCCCAAAAGGGAUAGAGUCGAUGAUGACCAUGCUUACAGAGCAUGUCAGUCACAUGAAGAAAGAGGACCUCAGCAGUCACUUGGUGCAGCUCCAAGGAUUCUAUCUCACCUGUCUGGAUGUACAGUCACAAUCUCAGGGGGAUGUAGAAGAUUUAGAGGAUGCUGUGAUUGACACCAUUGUUACCACGGUGAUGAAGCUGUCGGAGGCCACAUUUAGACCCAUGUUUUACAAGAUGUUUGAUUGGGCCAAGAGAGAGGAGGAACAGAGGCACAGAAUUCUUGUCUUCUACAAAAUGGCAGAUAGGCUGGCAGAGAAGAUGCAGAGUCUGUUUACAAUCUUUGCCAGUCACAUUGUUGUUCAUGCGGCUCAGGUGUUAAAGGACAACAACAAACAAAUUACAGGGAAUGAUUUCUAUGGGUCCAGUAAGAAGGGACGAAGGAAAGCUCACAAGUUACUGGUCCAUGUCUGUGAUUGUCUGUACAAGUGCUUCCUGUAUGACACAGAGGGCUUCGUUACCAAGGAGAGAUUCGACACCCUGCUACAGCCAUUGGUUGAUCAGCUGGAGAAUGUAGACGAUGGGACUUUAUCCAAGGAGAGGGUGAGUAAGCAUCUGGUUCCCUGUAUCGUACAGUUCGGUGUGGCGACUCAGGACGAUUCCCUCUGGAAGACCCUGAACUAUCAGAUCCUGCUCAAGACACGCCAUACUUCACCACAGGUACGUUAUGCAGCUUUGAUUGCGGUGGAUGAAUUCCACAAAAGAUUGUCGGAGGACUACAUGCCAUUACUGCCAGAGACUAUUCCAUUCCUUGCUGAACUCAUGGAGGAUGAGGAAGAGGAAGUAGAGAAAAUGUGUCAAUCCGUCAUCAGUCAAAUGGAGAGAACGCUGGGAGAACCGUUGCAGAAAUAUUUCUGAUUAUCCAGACGAAUGUAUUUGACAGGAAAAUGUUGUAAACCUGAAAAUGUUGCUCUCAGAGACUAUAAAAAAUGAAUAAACUCCUCAAGUCAAUCAUGUUUUGUAUUUUAUUACAAGUGAGUAUUUGACAGUUGUUCUGGGAUGGUAGAUGUUCUGUAACAGUAAAACAUAACAAUGUGAGAAUUAUUGUACAUUGGUCCAAUAAAAUUACAAAGUUGU